AUGUGUUUCACGCACUCGUUCAGCGACAGUGACAACGACAAGCCGAAGAAGAGCAAGGGCAAGGGCAAGCGUGCCAGUCGCAAAGCGACCAAAUCAAAGAAGGAGGAUGUCAACCAGACAGCAAAGCCCGCGGCGGAGCCCAGCCCCCCGUCGUCCCCCGAGUCUACUCCCCCUCCCGUCGCACUCUUGCUCUCCACGGCACCUCCUUCCCCCAACCCCCCCUCGGUUAAUCCCGACGCCGCGGACCCGGUCACCGAGAAUACCAAUGCCACUACAUCUGCAGCCGCUAAGCCCGUCGCCACAGAGCCUGUCGCUGCGGAGCCCGCCCCUCAGGAGCCUGCAGCUGCAGAGCCUACGGUCGCCAAGCCAACUACAGUGACACCUGCUUCUCCCAAACCCUCUGCGGUGACGCCGUCCCCUUCAAAGCCUUCCCCAGCAAAGCCGUCAUCUGCAACGCCGGCCACCGCGAAGCCUUCCCCUUCAAAGCCGGCUACGGCCGCGAAUCCCACCGGCUCGACGUCCACAGCUGCGAAGCCCACCGACGCGACACACGCUGGUGCGACGACCACCGAGCAGCACCCCGCCGAUUCGAAGCCCGCCCGUGCCACGACCACCGGGGCGAAGCCGAGCGGUGAGACCCCUGCCGACACGAAGCCAAACCCCAUCAACGCAGCGGUCCCACCUCCCGCCCCCACCAGGCCACCCCCGAACUAUGCAGGUGGAGGCGAGACCACGCCCAGCAUGACGCAGCCCAAUGCGACGCCUGACGACGCUGGAUUUGACCGCGGUGGCGGUGGCGGUGGUGGUGGCGGUGUCGACGGACCUGGCGAGAGCGCACAGGACGCCCGCGGCCAUGACGAGAAAGGAGGCGCGGGGACUGGGGACGCGGACGGUGCGUCCCCCGGCGUCAUCAUCGUCCUUGGUGCUGGUGCGGCCGGGCAGGGUGAAGCUGGGGUUGAGGACUGGGAGCACGACAAGGAGGUCCGCAGCCAGGAGGAGGGUGGCAACCAGGAGGACGGGCACGAGUGCCAGGAGGGCGACUGCGACAACCAGAUGGACGACCGCCAGGAAGGGAACAAGGACGGCGCUGACAAGUGCGACGACGACAGCAAGGAAGAGAAGAAACUCUCGAAUGACAACGAGGAGCCUACGCACCAGCCGGAGGAGUCCGUUCAUGAUCAAAACAAAGAUGGGGCCGAGGGCGGCUGUGGUGAUCACGAAGACCACGGCGACGACCUCGCCGGCCGCGACGAUGGCGAGCCGGACGAGGGUAAGGCGCAGAUGUGCGAGGGAGAGGGCAAUGGUGCGGAGGGCGACUACUAUGCCCAGCGUGACGGCCAGUACGAUGCCCAGGGUGACGGCGAGUAUGAUGCCCAGGGUGACGGCGAGUACUAUGCCCAGGCGGGUGCCCAGACGGGUGACGGCGCGUAUUAUACCCCGGAGGGUGAUGCCCAGUACGGCGACUACACCCAGGAAGUCGACGCUCAGUACGGCGACGACAGCCAGUACUAUGUCGCCCAGUACGGUGACUCCCAGUUCUAUCCCCAGGGCGACAGCGACUACUACCCCGUUGACCAGGACGACAGCGAGUACUACCCUGUCGAUCAGGGCGACAGCGAGUACUACCCCGUCGAACAGGGGUACGUCGACUACAACGAUGACCAGGGAUACGGCGGCUGCAACAAUGGCCAGGGAUACGACAACGGUUGGGAUUGUUAG